AUGAGUAAGCCACUUAGAUUGCCAGAUCUGUGGCGAUGCAAGUCCACGGAGAGAUCCAUAGAGCUGCUCCUCAAACGCCUCAGAAAAGAUUCAUCGAAAUCCCGCGCCAAUCUUAUUGAUGACGAGGCUUUGGAGUGGCUUAAGCCGCGUGUUCUGAUAAAACCUGAUGAUCAAGAAGUCGUUCCUGAAGCCGGCACGGCUAUUCGGAAGGAUUCUGAUGAAGCAAAGGCUCAAAUCGCUGCAGGAUAUGGUAUGGUUGGAUUUGACGAUGCCGGUCCAAAGCGAGUCAAAGUUAAAAAAUCUACCGCCGAAGAGGAAGAGGAGGAGGAACCUGAGGCAGAACCAGCCGCGGCUGAAGAGGGUAAAGCAGAAGAAGAAGCUGCUGCUGAAGAAGAGACCCCAGAGGAAGUGAAGCCUGCAGAAAUAGUAGAGACAGCCGAAGGUGAAGCAGAAGGUGUCCCGGAAGAGCUGGAGGAUACAGAAAUAGAAGAAAAAGAUGAAACUGCGCCUAAAGUGGAUGCAGAGGAGGAAGUGCUAACUAUAAAACCACGUGUCAAGAAGUUGGCCAACCAAUUUAACUUCUGUGAGCGCGCCGCUUUGACCUAUGUCUUCCCGCGUAGGUCCGUUGAAACCCAAACAGUACCGCCACCAAGAGCUAACUACGGUUCAACCGCUCUACAAUGCAUCAUAUUCGAUUACUACCAAGAAGACUACGCCAGGAAAAUGCGGGAGAAAGAGGAGGAAAAACCUAAAAGGCUUCGGAAGAAAGAAGCCAAACACGCAAAGACCGCGCAGCAAAUACACGACGAGCAGCUUGCGCAACGUAUCCGCGAGGCCUGGGCCAUACUGGAGCGCCUCGUCAAUCAGAACAUCUACGAUGACAUUGCCCAGGACUACCGUUAUUGGGACGAUCCGUCGGACGAGUUCCGCGAGGGCAUGGGCUCCCUGCUGCCGCUGUGGCGAUUCCAGUUCGAGCCAAUGCGCAACCACUCAGUCUGCGACCUUCAAUGGAACCCACACUACCAGGACCUGUUUGCUGUCGCUUACGGAUCGUUGGAUUUCACACAGCAACAAAAGCAAGGCUGUUUAUGCCUGUACAGCAUCAAGAAUCCGGCAUAUCCCGAGUACUCUGUCAUCACUGAGUCUCCGAUAAUAUGCCUUGACGUUUACAAAGAAACACCGUACCUUAUUUGUGUUGGACGUUACGAUGGCAACGUCUGUGUCUAUAAUGCACAAUUAACACUGGAGUCGUCCUACCAAUACAAAUCGGAUUCAGUUCGCGAUAAGCACAGCAACAUAGUAUGGGAAAUACGCUGGGGUGCUCGCCUGAUCGACGGCGAGGCGUCGUUCUUCUCGGUGUCCGGGGACGGGCGGGUGGUGCAAUGGGCGGUGAUGCCCGGCGAGUUGCAGGCCACCACCAUCAUCGAGCUACGCUCCGCGGCCGCACCCGUGCCAGGGCCGGACGGGACUCUCAUAACAGUCAAUAUUUACCGAAUUAGCUACAACUAUUUCAAUAAUUCAAUUUACGCAUCUUGCUCCGGAGAUUGGCGCGUCAAAAUUUGGGAGGAUGGGCGCGACGAACCACUCUUCAUGUUCGAAUUAGGCUCACCAGUGGGGGAUGUUAAAUGGGCUCCGUAUUCAAGCACUGUGUUUGCUGCCUGCACGGCUGACGGAAAAGUGUAUGUCUACGACCUUAACAUAAUGAAACUUGACAAGCUUCUGAGUUUAGUUCGAGAUCCACCAUUCACACCUGGAGUUGUUGAAGAAAAGUUUGAUGAUGAU